AUAAAGAGGGCAAUAGACCAAAGCGGUCUUUUGUUAGAGAAGAAGUCCAAAUUAUUCAUCCUAAUACUGAAUUACCUCCUCAGUAUGUUUGUGAAAUAUUUCAAGUUGGUGUUCCUGUUUGUGGAAGAACCUGUAUGUGUUCUGAAGGUUGUAGUUAUUAUUGGAAAGCUAAAAGAAGAGUACCUUGUACUAAUUGUGAAAAGCCUACUGGUUCAACUUCUGAAAGAACUUAUAAUAAAAUAUUUGAUAUACUUCGAUUAAAUGUACAAGAAAAAACUUAUGAGGAAAUAAUGAAUACUCAUAAAAAUAGACUUGCAAAACUUAAUAUUGAUCUUUGUAGAAGAUGUUUAUAUCCAAUAAAAGUGAAAGAUAGAGAAUAUUGUGAUAGUUGUCAACCUA